AUGUGGUGUUUUGACUUUGAGGAUCAUGAAGAUUUGUAUGGGAUCUUAGCUUCAUCUAAAGAAUUUGAUGAAUUAGUCUUCCUAACCCUCAUUUAGAUAUUCAAAAGGGAGAAUAUUUUAGAUUGUAUAUAAUUUCUUUCAAAAAUUAAAAAUCUAAGACAAUACACAUAAGACAUAUAACAUGUACAAAUGUAUAGUUAAUUAAUAAGGAAUGGAUUACAAAUGCUGGAAAUAACAAGAUUAAGAGAAUAAUAGAAGUUCUCAACAAAAUUAAAGAUCAUGAUUUUAAUUAAGAAGAUUACUCUGCAGAAGAAUACUAAAAAGAGAAUGAAAACCUGAUCACUAACAUAUCAAAGAACAAGAAGAUUAUAGAAUAUCUAAAAUUUUUAGUUCAUCUUACUGCUUUAGAUGAAAGAUUUAUUUAAUGUGGAUCAAAUUCUCUUUAUUUACUAGUUUAAAUGAAAGU